CCUGCAUCAGUGAAGGUAAAGAUAGAAUUACAAGUUUCUUUGGAAAACUUAAAACCAGAACUGAAAUUCAACACUGAUGAUUAAAGUACUUUUCAUAUGAAAGAAGGCCGAAUGCCGUCUGCAAGACAAGAGGUACGGGAUGAAAUAAAAAACAUUGUCUUGACCUAUUGUCAAAAUCCAGCGAGAAGAAGGUUACUACUGCGCAGCGCCGCCAUCUGUCAUUCAAUUCAAACUGUAAACAUAGCCUAGAUCCUUAGAAGAAAAGAGGCCCCUUGGGUAUUUCAAUGCUUACCGCGAAUCCAUCUUCGUGACAAUUUUGAAAUUUUCGUUCUUGGGGUCUCGGCCAAAGAAAAUAUGUAUAGAAAGUGAAACAGGAUUGUCACUUUUGGCUAGGCUAGAAACCCGUCCAAGUUUGACAGGAUUGGAUCCCAUCCUGUUCCCAAGUGGUCUCCAGCCAGGUGAAAUUGUUCAACUUACUGGUCAUCCUGGAAGCGGAAAGUCAUUGAUGAUACUUCAUUUAAUAGUUUCUGUGCUUCUUCCAAAAACAUGGAAAGGAAUAUAUCUUAAUGGCUGUGAAGCUGGAGUAAUUUUUGUUGCUUGUAAUAGCGAUUUAAAUAUAUGGCAGCUUGAAAAUAUGUUAAAAAAGAAAACCCUCUUUCGGAAAAAUCGCCAAGGCAAUAAGAGACACAGAUUCUCUGAAGGAGGAGGAGAGCCAGAGAAGAGUGAUAAGGAUUACAAAUUCUUGGGAAAAGAAUGGGCCAAAUCUGUCACCUUCAAGAUUAACCUGUCAAUACUCAAGUGCCCAGUUUUGAACAUAAAUCAGGAUACUGGCAGUGAGUUCUCACAUGGCGAGUCUUCUGAAUGUGCUGAUAUUACUCAAGGUCAGUCUACUAGUAGCAAAGGAGUAGGUUUAGGUAAGAUUAGCAAUCUUAGAACGUUGUUUUGUGUUGCUUUAGUUUCAAAUCAGAGGAGAGCGAAAUUGAGUUUUACAGUCCAUGAGGAAGGAAUCAGAUGGUGUAAUUGAUUGAUUGCACUGGUACAGGUGUAUUUAGAAUCAUAUUUGAUUAUUACUAAAGGUCUUUUAGCUAGUAGUUUGUAAGGGUGUUGUUUAGUUUAAAAAAUGAAAUACCCGUACCUGUACAGUAUUUAGUAACUGACUCUUGUACAUUCUUUGCAAAUGUAUAUUUACAUGCUUAAUCUUAUUUAUUUUUAUAAGCAUGAACUUAAUUCUGUAGAGGAAGUAUUUUUAGUGGUGUAGAAUAUAUUUUUUAAGGAAUUUAUGUCAUGUUUCAUGAAGUUCGGUAUUAUGUAUAUUUUAUUUUUUUUUCAUUGCCCAUACACAUUUGGAUGGUUGCUUUUGAAAAAAGUAAUUGUGUGGCAGAUUUUAUACAAAAACCUUAGUAUUCUAAGAAAAGGCAUGAGUUAUAAAAUUGUUUGUUUUUAAAUCUUUGCCUUUAAUCAUUGAUGGGAGAUACCAGCUCACAUAGUUAUUUGACACGCCAUAUUUGGGAAUUUUAUACUUUGAGAUGACUUUUGUAAAUGCAUCUUUGGUGUUCUGAAUUUUUUUGGUUUAUAGAUUUUUAGUUUACUUAUUAAGGCUGACUUCUGAAAUGUAUUUUCUGUACUUCAAGCUACACAGAAAUUAAAACCACGUGAAGAAUU